GGCUGUGUUCCGACUUUCCGGGUAAAGAUGGCAGAGCGCGGUUACAGCUUCUCGCUGACUACAUUCAGCCCAUCUGGUAAGCUUGUCCAGAUUGAAUAUGCUUUGGCUGCUGUAGCUGGAGGGGCCCCUUCAGUGGGAAUUAAAGCUGCAAAUGGUGUAGUGUUAGCAACUGAGAAAAAACAGAAAUCCAUCCUGUAUGAUGAAAGGAGUGUACACAAGGUGGAGCCGAUAACCAAACACAUCGGCUUGGUGUACAGUGGCAUGGGCCCAGAUUACAGAGUACUUGUACACAGAGCUCGGAAACUUGCUCAGCAAUACUAUCUUGUUUACCAAGAACCCAUUCCCACAGCCCAGCUGGUACAGAGAGUAGCGUCUGUGAUGCAGGAGUAUACCCAAUCAGGUGGUGUUCGUCCAUUUGGUGUUUCUUUACUUAUUUGUGGGUGGAAUGAGGGACGGCCAUAUUUAUUUCAGUCAGAUCCAUCUGGAGCUUACUUUGCCUGGAAGGCCACAGCAAUGGGAAAGAACUAUGUGAAUGGGAAAACUUUCCUUGAGAAAAGAUAUAAUGAAGACCUAGAACUGGAAGAUGCCAUUCAUACAGCCAUCUUAACCCUAAAGGAAAGCUUUGAAGGGCAAAUGACAGAAGAUAACAUAGAAGUUGGGAUCUGCAAUGAAGCUGGCUUUAGGAGGCUCACCCCAACUGAAGUGAGGGAUUACUUGGCUGCUAUAGCGUAAUGAAGAUGUGCCCUAACAAUCAAGAUCUCACACGCUCUACUUAUUCAUGUUUAAAGUAUGUUUUGUUUGUGCAGACUUAUUUCUACAUGGUUUAAUGGAUUCACAUUUUUAAAAUAAUAAUCAUAAUAAAUACUGUUAAAACCAAUUUCUAGUUUUUAAGACCAAAGUUUACACAUACUUCUUUCUUACUUUAUCACAGUUGACUUUUGGGAAUUACACUACAAAGUAAAUGGUAAAAUUACUCUGAUUUUCAUAUAUUUUUCUUAUUAGAUCUCAUUGCCCCUUUUACUACCAAAUAUACCUAUGUUUCCAUAAAAGAUGAUUCUGGUUUUUCACACAGAUCAUGACUUUUGGGACUGGAAGAAUCUGUACUUUGAUAAAUUCAUGAAACAGGCUAGGAAUGUGUUAAGCUCCUUCUGGGUGUGGCUCGGCAAGCCAUGGGGGCAUUCUGCAGUUGUGCUGUAGUGAUGGAGUGUCAGACAAAAAUGGUCUCCCCUAGGAGACAUGUGAGUGAAUAAAUCAUGGUGUGCUGGA